GAGAAAAAGGCUACAGCAAUGGCAAGAACCAAGCAGACCGCUCGUAAAUCCACCGGUGGCAAAGCACCACGGAAGCAGCUCGCUACCAAAGCCGCCCGUAAGAGCGCUCCAGCCACCGGCGGUGUCAAGAAGCCCCAUCGUUACAGGCCCGGGACCGUGGCUCUCCGAGAGAUCCGCCGUUAUCAGAAGUCCACCGAGCUGCUGAUCCGCAAACUGCCCUUCCAGCGGCUAGUGAGAGAAAUCGCUCAGGACUUCAAGACAGAUCUGCGCUUCCAGAGCUCCGCUGUGAUGGCCCUGCAGGAGGCCAGCGAGGCUUAUUUGGUCGGUCUGUUUGAGGACACCAAUCUGUGCGCCAUCCACGCCAAGAGGGUCACCAUCAUGCCCAAAGACAUUCAGCUGGCCCGCCGUAUCCGCGGAGAGCGCGCCUAAACCCGCAUCAGCCACAUCAAACCCCAAAGGCUCUUUUAAGAGCCACCAAAAUUACACUGAAUGAGACCAUUUCCAGUUUAACGCAUAAUAUGAGUCAAAAAUUGUAUUCUUUCGCUCCCUUGAGAUUGCUGGGUCUUCCUUGUGCAGGACAGUGGAUCUCAAGCCUUGAGGUUUAAGAUGAGACCGUU